CUGCUAACUUUGCAGCCGCAGCAGCAGCUAUGCCCGUGCGGUGCGGUGCCUCGGGGUUAGGGGGGCUCGGAUCGCCUUAGGAAGGGGAGGGAGGGGGAGAGACAAAAGUGUGGGGCUGGCCGGAUUCAAGCAAAAUAAAGAGCAGCACCCCUCCCCCUAAGCGAGAAGAACCCAGCAGAAGCGCGUGGGGUGGAGAAAACAUCCCGGGGAGAGCUGACCGGAGGCAGUGAGCGAGGAGAGGAGGGAGGGGGAACAGAGAGACCGAGGCAGGCGGCAGACUUUUGGGGAAAGAUGAGCUUGUUGUCAGCCAUAGACACCAGUGCUGCUUCUGUCUACCAGCCUGCCCAGCUCCUCAACUGGGUCUAUCUGUCGCUGCAAGACACCCACCAGGCCAGCGCCUUUGAUGCCUUCAGACCCGAGCCCUCUUCUUCCCAGCACCCCGAUCUCAGCUACACCAAGAACAGCCCGGAGCUGGGCUCGUCCCUCAAUUCCAGCUAUCUGAACAGCUUCUUCCAGCUCCAGAGGAACGAGGCGCUGAGUAGCAGUCUGUAUAAGAGCGCAUCGCCCUAUGGCUCCCUUAAUAACAUAGUGGAUGGGUUAAGCUCGCUCACUGAGCAUUUCUCUGACCUAUCCCUCUCCUCGGAAGCCAGAAAACCCAGCAAGAGGCCACCUCCUAACUACCUAUGUCACCUCUGUUUUAACAAGGGACACUACAUCAAAGACUGUCCACAGGCUCGUCCCAAAGGAGAGGGUCUGACCCCGUACCAGGGCAAGAAACGCUGCUUUGGUGAAUACAAGUGCCCCAAGUGCAAGAGAAAAUGGAUGAGUGGAAACUCCUGGGCUAACAUGGGACAAGAAUGUAUCAAGUGUCACAUCAACGUUUAUCCUCACAAACAGAGACCCCUGGAAAAGCCGGAUGGCCUGGAUGUUUCAGAUCAGAGCAAGGAGCAUCCUCAGCAUCUGUGUGAGAAGUGCAAAGUUUUGGGCUACUACUGCCGUCGUGUGCAAUAAACCUUCAAGGGUGGCCUCUUCCGUCCCCAUCAUCCUGCGAGAUCCUUUGGCAGCACGCGGUCAACAGCAACACAGAAUCCAAGACAAAAAAAAAAAAAAACUAAAAAAAGAUUGCCAAUUUUGCCUAUCUUUAAACUAAUAAUAUGCCUUACCAUUAAUAGAAUGUAACACUUUUCCUGUGUAUGUGUAUACGUGCAAGAUAUAUUUAUAGGACUAUGGUGUGUUUUAUAUAUCGAUCUAUCUAUAUAUCUAUCAAACAGUGUUACUGAUAGUGUUCACAAUGGAACCACUGCUGUGGUUUCUGUUGAUUGUUUACACGGUUCCUAUAUCAUGGCCAGGUGAAAUGAAGAGAAGUGCUGUGUGUUAGGCAAGAUAUAAUGUUCACUGGGGAGUAAACAUUAUGAAUGGCUUUUGCAGGACUUAGGUAACCUGCAAGGCCACUAAUUGGGAGUGCUCGCUAACCCCAUGAACAUUAUUCUCUUAUACGACAAGACAAAGGAAGAUUCAACAAGCCACAGCAUUAAAGAAGGGAAACUAUCAUGUUUUCCUUGCUUUGGAAGAUUUGAAAGUUUCAUGCUGCUGCUUUCUUGGACUUCCACUGCUUAAUAUAACUUGGGUAGGGCGUAGGUGGACUCAGUGAAGGUAAAAUAAAGUGUAUAAUUGUUUGAGGGAGUGGGGUUUUUUUUUAUGGAAAUGGAGAAUAGCAGCUGGACAGAUUGUCAGUAAGGAUUCCAGCAUCUUUUGGGAGAGAAUAGUGUUUGCUUUCUUCAGGCUGUGAUUGACUGAAAUCCUUCUCUUGUCAUAUAAUUUCUUUUAAAUGGGCCCUUUAUGUGUAUUUGCUAUUCAUUAGGCCACAAGCACACUAAAUUUACUGUGAAUAAUGGGGAAUGAGAAUGAUGAAAUUUGUCCCCAAGCCCUAAUUGAGUGAGUAACCAGACUUAAUAUUUAUACUAGUUCGAAAGCCACUUUCUGGAAAUAUUUUUAUGACCUGUUUUCUACUGUGCAAAUUUAUUAAUAUAAAAGUAUAUACUUAUGUAGCCACAGGGGUUGUAUAGGGCAUGAAGAACAUAACCUACCCUCUUCUCUGUCUUUCUAAAACAUCUAUAUAGGUUAGGAGAAAUGUAGUAAUUGUAUGUGGUUGUCCUAUUUCAGGUAGAAGGGACUUUGUGCAGGAAGAUCCUGUUACAAAGAAAAAUAUAUUAUCAGAGAUUGGGGAAUGUCAUGAAAUGAAAGUACCUCAAGGCAGUAGUCUGGUUUUGUAUGUAUUUUUAAGAGUAGAUUGGCAAAAGGACAGAAUGAAUAAGACUUGUAUGUGUCAUCCACUUCUAUAGA